CCAUGCAGACAUUGUUUACCAGCUGACCCAACCUUAAACCACAUUUCCACAGCUGGUUAUAAAAGCCUGAAUUGAGCAGAGAGGGAAGUACUUAUUCUGUGGACAACAGCAGACUGAAGAAACUUGUGCAAAGUCGUCCAACAGAUAUGAUGAAGAGGCUGAUCCUGGAUGUGGACACUGGGGUGGAUGAUGCCCAGGCUAUCAUGAUGGCCCUGGCAGCCCCCAAUGUGGAGAUACUGGGGAUCACCUGCACGCACGGCAACACCAGCCUGCAGAACGUCCUGAAGAACACCCUCCGCGUCUUGAAAGUGUGCAACAGGCUGGACAUCCCUGUGUACCCGGGCUUCCACGAGCCCCUGAUGGGACGCAAACUCCACGUGGCCGAAGACUUUCACGGGAAGGAUGGACUGGGCGACGUCCCCGAUCCCGAUGCUCCAGGCCUGCAGCUGCUGCAGGAAAUGAACGCCGUGCAGGCCAUCAUUUCCAUCGUCAACAAAAACCCCGGGGAGGUGAUCCUGGUUGCAACAGGGCCCCUCACCAACGUGGCCCUGGCAGUCAAAAUGGACCCCUCCUUGCCCACCAAGCUGAAGGGCCUCUACAUCAUGGGAGGCAACAUUGAAUCCAGAGGGAACACGACGUCGUGUGGAGAGUUCAACUUCCUGGUCGACCCGGAGGCCGCCUACAUUGUGUUGGAUUGUUACACCUGUCCAAUCACCAUCGCUUCCUGGGAGUUCACCUGCAGGAACAGCCUGCCCUGGAGCUUUUGUGACACAUGGCUGGCCCAAAAGACGCCAAAGGCUCGUUUCAUAGAGAGGAUCUCAGCCCACACCCGCAAGAUGGCGCGGACGGACCGCUAUCAAAAGGAGCUGGUGUCAGGACCCGCGUUCAACACCUGCGACACCUACGCCGUGGCCGCGGCCAUCUGCGACAACUUGGUGACAGAAAGCGAGGAGGUGGCCGUGACCGUGGAGCUGGAAGGACGCAACACCAGAGGCAUGAUGGUCCUGGACUACAUCGACGUGCUGAACAAGAAGCAAAAGGUCACCAUCUUGAAGAAAAUAGACGCCGAGGUGUUCAAGCAACUGCUGAUGAAAGCACUGAAGUAGUCGCUGAGCUUCUAGCUAUUCCACACUGUUGUGUUAUGCAUGCAGACUGAUUUAGGAAUAGAAUUGUGGAAAAGUAAUUCCCACAACAAAAACCCAUCUUGGAUUUUGAAAGUCAAUAAAACCUUUUAUUGAAAGCGC